AUGAAUUUCAACAUCCUUGAUUUGGUUUUGGCUCUGUUGUGUGCAGCAUUUCUUGGCAGCAUUAAAGGUCUACUUGUAUCGAAAGUGAAAUCUUUGAAUCCAAUCGAAAUUUUUGGACUAGGAAGUUUAGGAGCAGCGUGUCUCAUUAUACCCAUAACCAUUUUCUGGAACUAUAAAUUAUGGUACGACUAUAAAAGAAAUUUAAUACUUCUGGCAAGAUCGAUUGUUGGUAACAUAGCAGUUUGUGGCUACUAUUUUGGGUUCGCUUAUCUACCAAUUGCUGAAGCAUCACUUCUGUUUUAUUCAACGCCUGUAUCCACAAUCUUGAUUGGAUGCAUAUUUCUGAAGGAAAAAUGUGGACCAAGUGAAAUAUUAUCUGUUAUCCUUUCAAUGUUGGGAAUCGUAUUGGUCAGUGUUCCAGAUUUCACAUUUGGCACGUCAAGAGAUGCUACCAACACCAUCAAAAGCAUAGCUGGAUCAAUUAUUGGGGCAAUUGCUCAAGCUAUAGCUUUGGUUAUUGUUAGGAAAAUAACUUUUAUACCUCCAACAGUGGUCAGUUUUGGUGGGCCCUGA